AGAGGUGAGGGUGAUCUGUUGACGGCGGAGGUGGGGUAGCGUGGAGGCGGUCGCUUCCCGGAGCCCGUCGUCGCGGCCAUUGGCGGGGCGUGGGUGGUGCUACUAUGGCGCUCUCGGCGGCGCCCCUCAAGGUCUGCAUCGUGGGCUCGGGGAACUGGGGUUCUGCGGUUGCCAAAAUCGUAGGCAAUAAUGUAAAAAAACUGCAGAAGUUUGCCUCCACGGUGAAGAUGUGGGUCUUCGAGGAGAAUAUUAAUGGGAGAAAACUGACAGAGAUCAUAAAUAAUGACCAUGAAAAUGUAAAAUACCUCCCUGGAUACAAGCUGCCAGAUAAUGUGGUUGCUGUCCCAAACCUUAAUGAAGCUGUACAGGAUGCAGACUUGCUGGUUUUUGUCAUUCCUCAUCAGUUCAUUCACAAAGUCUGCGAUGAAAUCACAGGACGAGUACCCAAGAAAGCGCUUGGUAUAACUCUCAUAAAGGGUAUAGAUGAAGGCCCGGAGGGACUCAAACUGAUCUCUGACAUUAUUCGAGAGAAGAUGGGAAUAGACAUCAGUGUGUUGAUGGGAGCUAACAUUGCUAAUGAGGUGGCAGCAGAGAAAUUCUGUGAAACCACAAUAGGAAGCAAAAUCUUGGAAAAUGGCCUUCUCUUCAAAGAACUCCUGCAGACUCCAAACUUCCGAAUAACUGUAGUAGAUGAUGCAGAUACAGUUGAGCUUUGUGGUGCUUUAAAGAAUAUAGUAGCAGUAGGAGCUGGGUUCUGUGAUGGCCUUUGCUGCGGUGACAAUACCAAAGCUGCUGUUAUUCGUCUUGGCCUGAUGGAGAUGAUUGCCUUUGCCAGAGUGUUUUGCAAAGGGCGGGUGUCUACUGCCACUUUUCUGGAGAGCUGUGGGGUUGCUGAUCUCAUCACAACAUGUUAUGGUGGCCGGAACCGACGUGUAGCAGAAGCCUUCGUUAAAACUGGAAAGUCUAUUGAACAACUGGAGCAAGAAAUGUUAAAUGGUCAGAAACUGCAAGGACCACGGACUUCUGCAGAAGUGUACCGUAUCCUCAAGCAGAAAGGAAUGCUGGAAAAGUUUCCAUUAUUCACUGCUGUGUAUCAAAUCUGCUAUGAAGGGAAGCCUGUCAGAGAGAUGAUAUCCUGCCUUCAGAGUCAUCCAGAGCACAUAUAAAAUCAAUCAGGCAUCAUCCUAGUGCAGAUUUCUGCCUUUCAAGUUCAUAUCUGAGUUCAAGUGGAUGUCUCAUUAACAUUUGUUCAAAGCUGCUCACCAGGCAACAGUAACAAUGUAAAUGUCUCUGAAUGGGUAUUGCUUUCUGUUAUACAGCCUAGUUUGACACAGCAUGCCAUGUUGGCUUGGUGAUUGUUGUUUUACUGGCUAAAAUACAACUGGUUUAAGAUAGACAAUGCAAAAGUUACACUACAUAUCCAGUGUAUAUACACAAGUGUACUUUUGUGUGUGUUCCUACACCAUAAACAACAGUGUUUUGUUGUCCGUCAUUAAGGCCUAGUCCAAAAUCCACUGGACACUCUGAGAAGAAUCCCACUGGUUUUGAUGGAGACUGAAUCAAGCCUGUAACCUUGAAAUGUUAGGAGUCUUUCUAUUAGAACUUGGUUUUGCUCUGUAUAGACAAUGACAAUAUUUGGCAUGGAUAUGAUUGUAUUAAUUUAUGCAAUAUUAAUGCAAAAUAAGCAGUUGCUCGGGGGCUACAGGGGUAUUUUAAUGAACUCUGGUAAAGAACAUUAUGAUUUUUGAAAGUCUUUAAAACUCUCAGACUAUUUUGAAACCAGUUUCUAAGUGAAGUUAAAGGUUUUAAUUACACAAUUUUAAAGGGAAUAUGCUAGAGGGGGAUCACUACCUUCCCUCCUGGUUUUAGUCCUCACAUUUUUGUAUUUCUGUUUCUCCCUUGACAUUCCCAGGUGUUAGGCUCUUCUAGAACUGCAUUCCCAAAAACAAGUGGGAGAUACUGACUUGGGGACUCUAAACCCUGGAUCCUGAGGGUCAUUUCAGUGUUGCCUGUGGUCAUUCUCACUGGUACUGUUUGGUGGGUGGGGAAGGAUACUGUUAGGUAUCCACCACCCAAAGCUGUCAUGCAGUGUUUGUAGCUUAACCAUCAGCUGGAAGGUGUUGCACUCCACACAACACUCCGAAGAAUGUUUGGGAAAUUCCCUGGUAGAUAUGCUUGAGUUGUCAAUAGAGUUAUUAUGUACCAGUACAAUGACUCCAUUCACUUCAGUGCCUGCCAGUGACUGACAUGUCAACUGGACUGUAGUCCUGAACCAGAACCCCAGAGAUGUUGAAUUCUGAAGUUAUUUUUUCACUGGAUAAACUUUAAUGGGUACCUGAUCAAGUACCUUAUUGACCAGUCUGCCAGGAAGCUUCUCAAAGCCAUCUCUUUUAUUCCCCAGGUAUCUCAACUAGGUUUUCUCAGGCACCUUUGCUUUAUCAGGAAGGUUCUUUUUAUCUGUUAUUGGAAAAGUUGUGAUUUCAUGAGAGUUUUAGGGGUAUGGUUGGCUUGGUUGUUUUUUGUUGUAACAAGGUUUGUGCAGAAUAGGUAAAUGAAAUCUGUCUUGCUUUUCUUGUGUACUAAGGUGU